AUGCAUUCCGAGUUUGCGAAGACGACGUAUUCCCUCCUGGCAGGCCUUGCGGUGGACAGACGGUCUCGGCCUGUUUACUAUACGCAAUAUUAUGGUGAAAAGUUUGACGAUGUCUUCAAGCUGACAGUACAGUGGAUGCACAUCCUUGGGCUCACACCUCUCCUCGUUUCGGUGUGUUGUACGGAUGAGAUUUUUCGAAAGUGCCUGGCACAAGGACAUCUCGUUUCUUGCUGGAGCCCAGGGUCCACAGCGCUUUUGCACAGGUACAUCCCUGCAGUGAUCAUGGCACACCUGGGAAUUUCGAUGGUGUAUUUCGACUUGGAUCAGCUUUUUCUGAGGAAUCCAGACACUGUGUUCAACGGAGCCCAUGAUCGAGGAGAUGUUGAUACAAUGUGGACCCAUCACCUGGACGGGAACUGCAUUUGUGCAGGGAUGUUCUACAUGCGUGCAACUCCACAAACAGCUGAAUGGCUGGAAAAAUAUACGAGCUGGCUUUACUUGCAUCCUUAUGAGAUUGAACAGAGGGGCAUUAAUGCCAUUUUGCUUCCGAAUGGCACGGUUGAAGUGUCUUUCAAGCCGACCGACCUUCCCGAGCUACGCUUGGAGAUUCUGGACGAUGCGAACACCUUCGUGUCCACAGAACCUGGAUGGAUGGGAAGCUUCUCGCAGAUUGUUUCCAUGCAUUUUCAGUACAUGCCGCUCGAUGACAAGAUCAUGAACAUGGUCCCUGUGUUGGAAGAACUCUUGGCAUAUGCUUCUGCACAUGGCACACCUCCUGAUGACCCUGCGGCGUUGCCGACAACCAGCGCCACACUUUCCCAGUUCGUUCUGACCGAAAAGCCACUCAGAAGUCGAUGCUGGUAG